AAGAAAAACAUCAUGGCGGCAGCACGUGUAGGCCAGAUUGCUGGUCAUCUCAACUACCCUAGCGGUAUGUUGGCGGGUCAAGUAGCCAUCAUCACGGGGUCUGGUCAAGGCAUAGGUGCAGAGGCAGCACGAUUGUUCGCUAACGAGGGGGCGAAGGUUGUGGUCGCGGAUGUCGACGGGAAGAAGGCGCAGGCAGUGGUCGACGCCAUUAAACAGAAUGGAGGGAGCGCCAUCGCUGUAGCCGGAGAUGUAAUGGACGAUGAGUAUAUCGCGACGCUCAUCAAGAAAGCUGCCGAGUUUGGCAAUGGCAAGAUCCACAUCAUCGUCAACAACGCUGGAUACACAUGGGACGGAGUGAUUCACAAGAUGACGGACAAGCAGUGGCACACGAUUGUUGAUUUGCACGGUACGGCGCCGUUCAAGAUCAUCAGAGCUGCUGCGCCGUACUUUAGAGUCAAGGAUGGAGAGCCCAGGAACAUCAUCAAUAUCUCAAGCACUUCGGGACUACACGGCAACGCUGGACAGAUCAACUACGCAUUAGCCAAGGCUGGGGUGACGGGUAUCACCAAGACCAUCGCAAAAGAAUGGGGUCCUCAAUUUGGCGUGCGCGCAAAUACAAUUGCAUUCGGACAUAUCCUCACCCGCCUCACAGCAGCGAAAGAAGAGGGCGCGUUUAUAACCACAUCGGAUGGGCAGAAGGUAGCUCUAGGAAUACCACAGGCGCAAAAAGCGGGAGCGGGGGCCGCUGAACAGCAUGCGGAUAUCCCCCUGAGACGGCCAGGCACUGCUACUGAAGCUGCCAGCGCAGUGUUAGCAGUCGCUAGUCCGUUGAUGAGCUAUGUUAACGGACAGACCAUCAGCGUCACGGGCGGUCGAAACAUGUAAUACGGUGGUGAGCUGAAGGUUGGAUUGUAUGUUCCCGGUGGAAAUUGUUGAGUGGCUGUGCAGAUACAUAUGUUUCCCGAAGAAAGGAACAACAGUAAUGCAGUCUAU